CUGUUACCACACGGUCACAUUUGACAGCGGCACCAGCGCGGAGCAGCAGCAGCAGCAGCAGCAGCAGCAGCAGCAAUAAUGGCUAAAAGUGACGGAUGCGAUUACUUUAAAAGAACCAGCAUGUUCUGGAUCGUGUCGGUGACCGCCGCCAUGGGAUAUUUUACUUGCAUCGUGUUUGUGCCCGAAAGAAUCCCGUACGAGUACCUUGGUUUUUACGGCAGCUUCUGCAAACACCUUGUGGACAAUUACGCCGACAUCAUGUACAAAGGGUGGUUGGCAGCCUGGGCUAUUCAUGUCUUUGAGGCCUAUAUCGCUCUGAAGAUGUGCAGAGACAAAGGUAUCACCAACACGACCACACGCUGCAUGUGGGUCUUCCAGACCUUUCUGUUCGGCUUCGCCUCCCUCGGCCUGCUCCUCAAGUACAACCCCGAGCGUCCCAAACAGAACUGACACCGGCAGCAGGAGCGUUUCAAACAAAGCUGCACAAGCUGAAUUUCAAGAGUCACUUUGCUUCCUCGUGCCUCUUAUUCCUCUUCUUCUUCUUCUUCUUCUUCUUCUUCUUCUGCGUCUUGUGCUCCGCAAUGUGAAAUCCUGCUGAACAACAAAUGGAGGAAGACCCUUGAGCCUUUUUCUUCUGUAGUGUUUCUCGUUAGACUGGAAUUUUGAAGUGGAGACAUAACUUUGAUUUAUAUGGUGCAAAUAUUUCUAACUUUAUACUCUCUUCCUGUGAUAUUGCGAUGGACUGACAUCUCUUUCAUUCCGUAGAUUUUCUAGACACAAAGCUGUGGUGCCUUACAGAUAAUAUAUUUUUAACGUAUUUACUGAUCCUGGUACUAACAGAGGUUAUUUAAUCACCAGUGGUGAAGAAUCUGCCCUGAGCCGAUUAUUUAGUGAUAAUUAUUAAGAACAAUAUUAGAGGAAUCUUUUUAUGCAUUCUCUUAUAUCUCAUGUUGUUUACAUCCAGCCUGGAUGGUGGCAAUAGGGAUAUUUUCUCAGCUGCUGUUAUGAACAUAAUGUCAGACAGGUUGGCUGCAGAUGGUACGCUGGCACCAGACUCAGGAGUCCUCCGGGAUAAAAAACAAAAACAUGCAUGAACGAUUUUAAAUCCACAUUCUGCAUCGUGAGGUGCUUUUGAAGUUCUAAGUAUUAAAACUGCAAAAUAAAAAAAGUUGACUGAAAAACAUGAAA